AUGAACGUUGCGUUGUCGGCGUGCGAUUGGUUGGGCAGUGUCCUGCGUCCAUCUGUGUCGUAUAGCUCUUUAUGGCCACACAGUGAUGAUGAUAUUACUUUUAUUUUAAUGAUGGAGGACCCACAUGUUCACCCAUGCCAAGAGGACGAGAGUUCUUGGAGGAAUAGGAAUACCAUACGUACUUCACAAACAAACAAUGACAUUCGAUUGGUUGGUUCGAUGUCCUCUAAAAGUUGGUCCUUCACCAAAGGACUAGUUUUGUUUAAUUACAUAGUCAUUCAAUCUCUACGAUUGAUUUCAAAAGUCAGCUGA